CCUACUCUACGGAUCCAUGCCUAUUGUAAAUAGCAAGGACGAGGUUGAUAUGUAUAUCACUUCAUUUCCUCCUAAGAAUUUACUCUUUGCAUUCCACCAAUUCCGAUUCCACCAACUCUAUCACCAUGACACGCCCUACCGCCGUCAUCGCGACCGGGCUCUUGCUGCUCACCAACCCCACACAAGCCAAGCCCUGCUCGGACCCCGUUCCCGGCUUGCCAAUCGUCGUCAACACGUGGGGAGGCCCGUUCACGGCCGCCACCGACGCCGCGUACCUGGCGCUGAUCAACAACGACUCCACCUCGGCCCUCGACGCCGUCGAGAUUGGCUGCUCCACAUGCGAGCGCCGGCAGUGCGACACGACGGUCGGGUUCGGCGGGUCGCCCGACGAGAACUGCGAGACGACGCUCGACGCCAUGAUCAUGGACGGCACGACCAUGAAGAGCGGCGCCGUCGCGGGCCUGCGGCGCGUGCGCGACGCCAUCGCCGUGGCGCGCGCCGUGAUGCGGCACACGCGCCACUCGCUGCUCGUCGGCGACCUGGCCACGCGCUUCGCUGUUGAGAACGGCUUUGUCGAGGAGGAUUUGUCGACCGAGGAGAGCCGGGCCCGGUGUGAGGCUUGGAAGAGAGCUGGCUGUCAGGCUAACUACCGCAUCAACGUCACCCCGGACCCGAGCGUUUCGUGCGGACCGUACACCCCGCUGCCGGUGGACGAUUUGCGGUUGGCGAGGUCUGUUGCGGACGAUGAAGGGGCUGCGUCGCAUGACACCAUCUCCAUGGUGGUGGUGCACGCGUCGGGGAGGAUGGCGGCGGGCACGUCGACCAACGGCGCGUCGUUCAAGGUGCCGGGCCGCGUCGGAGACGGGCCGAUUGUCGGGAGUGGGUCUUACGUCGACGGGGAUGUCGGCGGAUGUGGGGCAACCGGGGACGGAGACAUCAUGAUGCGCUUCUUGCCGUGUUACCAGGCCGUGGAGAACCUGAGGCGGGGCAUGAGUCCCACAGAGGCGGCCGAGGAUGCGGUAAGGCGCAUGCUGCGCAAGUACCCGAAGAUCUCGAGCGGGAUUGUGGUGGUGAAUUCGAAGGGCGAGCACGGUGCAGCAGGCUCGGGAUGGACGUUUACAUAUGCUUAUCGUGGUGGGCGAAUGAACGCUACCGAGGUCGUGACUGUGCCACCAUUGUUGCCUGAAGAGUCUGAUAAUGUUCCUAGGGAGCUGAUUUAGGAAUAUGGCAAGAGAUAUAGUAAUUCGGUA